CGCAGCUCCAAGCCCAGCUGGGCUGACCAGGUGGAGGAGGAGGGAGGAGAGGAUGACAAGGUGAUCACCAGCGAGCUGCUGAAGGAUCUGCCCCUGCCCGGGGUGCUGGGAGGCCCCAACAGCGCCGAGGCCGAGCUGCUCAAGGGAGGGCCCCUCCCAUCCCCCAAGGAGGUCGUCAAUGGCAACAUCAAAACCAUCACCGAGUACCGCGAGGAGGAGGACGGGCGCAAGGUCAAGAUCAUCCGGACGUUCCGGAUCGAGACCCGCAAAGCCUCCAAGGCCGUGGCACGGCGCAAGGUGAGGGAGAAUGGGGAUUAUGGGGGAGACCUGAACUGCCAGGAGGAGCAGGAUUGUGGCCCCAAGGUCACCAUGGUGGCCCCAUUUUGGUGGCCCCAUCGUUGUUGUGGUGGCCCCGUGCAGAAGGAGCUGGCCGAGCAGCUGGGGCUGUCCACGGGCGAGAAGGAGAAGCUGCCCGGAGAGCCGGAGCCGGUGGCAGCGCAGGUGAGCAAGACGGGCAAGUACGUCCCGCCCAGCCUGAGGGACGGGGCCAGCCGGCGCGGGGAGUCCAUGCAGCCCAACCGCCGCGGACCUGAACUGCCAGGAGGAGCAGGACCCCAUGAACAUCUCUGGGACCUGAACUGCCAGGAGGAGGAGGACCCCAUGAACAAGCUCAAGGGCCAGAAGAUCGUCUCGUGCCGCAUCUGCAAGGGCGACCACUGGACCACGCGCUGCCCCUACAAGUGUUGUGGUGGCCCCGUGCAGAAGGAGCUGGCCGAGCAGCUGGGGCUGUCCACGGGCGAGAAGGAGAAGCUGCCCGGAGAGCCGGAGCCGGUGGCAGCGCAGGUGAGCAAGACGGGCAAGUACGUCCCGCCCAGCCUGAGGGACGGGGCCAGCCGGCGCGGGGAGUCCAUGCAGCCCAACCGCCGCGGUGAGCACCUGGGCACACCUGGGCACACCUGA